GGUGUGGCCGUCUUCCUCGGUGUCUCCUUUUUCAUCAUUGCAUUCAUUCUCGGCUACCAUUGGUUGGACGCCGUUAUAUUCCUGAUCGGCAUUAUUGUGGCCAACGUUCCCGAAGGACUGUUAGCAACGGUGACCGUAUGUCUGACACUCACUGCCAAACGGAUGGCGAGUAAGAACUGUUUGGUGAAGAACUUGGAGGCCGUGGAGACACUGGGCUCGACGUCCACCAUAUGUUCGGACAAAACGGGAACUUUGACACAGAAUCGGAUGACAGUCGCGCACAUGUGGUUUGACAACCAUAUCAUCGAAGCCGACACCACCGAAGACCAAUCGGGCACUCAGUUCAACAAGUCAUCGCCCGGUUGGCAAGCGAUGGCCCGCAACGCCUGCCUGUGCUCUCGCGCCGAGUUUAAGGCCGGCCAAGAGUUGGUGCCAAUACUGAAGCGAGACGUGGCCGGCGACGCGUCCGAGUCGGCCAUUUUGAAGUGUAUGGAACUAUCGGUGGGUAAUGUCAUGCAAUACAGGGCCCGGAAUCGGAAGGUAUGCGAACUGCCCUUCAACUCGACCAACAAGUUUCACGUGACUAUACACGAGACCGAAGAGCCGGACGACCCGUCGUAUCUGUUAUGCAUGAAAGGAGCGCCGGAGCGCAUACUGGAGGUGAGUUCAACCAUAUUCCUCGACGGCAAAGAAGUGCCGUUGGAUCAGGAGUUGAGGGAUGCGUUCAACACGGCGUACAUGGAGUUGGGCGGACUCGGCGAACGGGUUAUCGGGUUUAGCGAACAGAAACUGAGUCCCGAUAAAUACCCGCCGGGUUUUCCCUUCGACUCCGACGAAUGCAAUUUCCCGUUGACUGGUAUGCGAUUCAUAGGGUUAGUGUCGAUGAUAGACCCGCCGCGAGCGGCUGUGCCCGACGCCGUGGCCAAGUGUCGCAGCGCCGGCAUCAAAGUGAUUAUGGUUACCGGCGAUCAUCCCAUUACAGCCAAAGCCAUCGCCCGAUCCGUCGGUAUUAUAUCCGAAGGCAACGAAACGGUUGACGACAUCGCCGCUCGGCUUAACAUCGCUGUGGAAGACGUGGACCCGCGGAUGGCGAAGGCGGCCGUCGUUCACGGCCAACAGUUACGCGAAUUGUCUGCCGAACAGUUGGACGACUUGUUGCGAAACCAUCCGGAGAUUGUGUUCGCCCGGACGUCACCGCAACAGAAGCUGAUUAUAGUGGAGGGCUGUCAACGACAGGGAGCUAUUGUGGCCGUCACUGGCGAUGGUGUCAACGACUCGCCGGCGCUGAAGAAGGCGGACAUCGGUGUGGCGAUGGGUAUCGCCGGCUCUGAUGUGUCCAAACAGGCGGCAGAUAUGAUACUAUUAGACGACAACUUCGCGUCGAUAGUGACGGGUGUAGAAGAAGGACGGCUUAUAUUUGAUAACUUGAAAAAGUCGAUCGCAUACACACUGACCAGUAAUAUACCGGAGAUAUCGCCGUUCCUACUGUUCAUUCUGGCCGACGUCCCGCUGCCGUUGGGAACCGUAACCAUACUGUGCAUCGAUUUGGGCACAGAUAUGGUUCCGGCCAUUUCGUUGGCCUACGAACUGCCCGAAAGCGAUAUAAUGAAACGCAAACCCCGGGACCCGAAACACGACAAACUGGUGAACGAGAGGCUGAUAUCAUUGGCUUACGGCCAGAUCGGGAUGAUGCAGGCCGUCGCCGGCUUCUUCACCUACUUUGUAAUUAUGGCCGAAAACGGAUUCCUCUUCGACACACUCAUCGGUGUCCGCAAAUACUGGGACUCCAAAGCGGUGAACGACGUGACCGACUCCUACGGCCAGGAGUGGACUUAUAAGCAACGAAAGACCCUGGAGUUCACCUGCCAUACGGCCUUCUUCGUGGCCAUCGUUGUGGUCCAGUGGGCGGAUCUCAUCAUUUGCAAGACCCGUCGCAACUCCAUCAUCCAUCAGGGCAUGACUAACCACGUGCUCAACUUCGGCCUCGUCUUCGAGACACUGAUGGCCGCCUUCAUGUGCUACUGUCCCGGUCUGGACAAAGGGCUGCGGAUGUAUCCGCUGAAGCUGAGCUGGUGGGUGCCGGCGAUGCCCUUCUCGCUGCUCAUCUUCGUCUACGACGAGAUCCGCCGAUUCAUACUUCGCCGCAAUCCCGGCGGUUGGGUUGAGAUGGAGACCUACUAUUGAGAGCUUCUCUUCUGCCACACCAUUAGGUUCUGUUGUCUUCUUCUACUUCUCUUCACAUAUACCACGAGCUGCUGUCCAUUCAUUGACUUGUCUUCAGUAUCUCUUCUCUUGUUUUAUUGUGUUAUCCGUCUUAACCAUGAAAUUGCAUUUUUUAGUCAAAGAG